AUGGGAAGAUAUUUGGAAGACACUGAUCAUGAAUUAAAUGGUUUGAUUUUAUCGAUUGAUCCGAGUUGGGACAUUUGUUCAGAAGAAGCGCCAGAACCGUAUAGGUUAGUUUGUUUGACAUUUACAUAUUAAAAAUGUUAUAUAAUUCCAGAUCAAUAAUGCACUAUUCACAUAUUCUCACAAUUCCUAUUUAUAUUCUAGCUAUCUUCCUGAUUAUUUAUAAGUCUCCUAAAGCUUUGCAAUCCUAUAGGAAGUAUCUACUUUGGCACACAAUGGGAAAUUUGAUUUUUGAAGUAUUUAUAUCAUUAUUCAUGCUUCCGAUGACUUAUCUUCCAUAUCCAGUUUUUCGUGGCACCGGACUUUUCAAAUAUUUUAAUUUUAGCGGGUUAUUUCAAUUCUAUUUAUUAGUGGUUUUGACUUGUCAAACAUGUUUUUGUAUUUUCGAAAUGUUCAAAUAUCGAUUUGAUGUGGUUGGCAUCGAGAAUAAAAAAAGUAGAAUAGUUUUCAAGGUUUUGAUUUUCUCACUACGAUUUCUAACAUUCCUUCUACCAAUAUUUGGUUUUGGAACUCUUCCAAGAUGUGUGAAAAAGCAGAAUAUUUAUAAAAUGAAUUUGAGAAAUGUGAGUUAUAUUAUUUUGAGAUAAUCAUGCUCGAUAUUUGCACAUUCAGCACAUUCAAAGUAUACCUCUUCCGAUAUUUUGUCAUGGUUCAAUUCUAGCACCGCCAUUAUUAGAUCCUGUUUUUACUCCACUUAUGAUUAUGAUAUCCCUAAUAAUAGGGCUGACAAUAAUAGCUUUACCGCAAGUCACGAAAACAAUACUUAAUCGUCUAGACGAACUAUCUAGACAGUUGUCUAAUCGGACAAUUCAACUACAGAAGAUGUUGAUGAUUAGUUUAUUUUUUCAAACUACAAUUCACGCAACAAUGUUGAGUGUUCCAAUGUCUGGAUUUGUUUAUACUGUGGUUUUUGGAAUGAAUAAAGAUUGUAAGUAGAUUUAAAUUUUUUUGGAAGUUGGAAAAUUGUUAACUCACUUUAAUCAGGGAUCGCAUACUGUUUAAUUCUUUUAAUAUCAUUUCAUGGCUCAUUUUCAACAAUCGCUAUGAUUUUUUUCACCAAACCUUAUCGUUUUGCAAUUCAAUCAUUCAUCCGAUCUCGAGAAAGGGAAACUAUCAUAGUACCUCAUAUUUAUACUGUGAGAUGUAAUGAAUCAAUUCCGUUAUAA